AAAAAAACAGCAGGUACUUUCCACCCCUUCAGAGACACAUCAUCUUCAAAUUAUCCACACCAGAAAGAAGAGUCCAAAUGGAGCGAGCUGUCAUGAUGAUGUGCAUGUUUGUCGCAUGCUCGACUGCUCCCGUUCAGGAGAGUCAAAGCAAUGAGAUCGCGGCGCAUGCCAGUGAGGCCCUGAGGUUGAUGGAGAUGUACAGGUUAUACCAGCAGCAGGGGAUAGUGGCAAACCCUUUCCUUCCUGCGUCGCAAACAUCCGGAGCAGGAACUGCCGGUGAAGCUCCUCCAGCUGAGCUGACUGAGGCAGUACCCAAGCGGAUGGAUACUGCACCAGCUCAGGCAACCACUGUGGGUCUUCCUCCUCCUCCUGCAGCUGCUCAGCUGGUUGGAGACGGAUCAGAGGAGGAAGAGGAGGAGGAUGACAAUCCUGCCUCAAAAGCUGCUGCUCCUGUUGCCCCCGUGAACUCUGACGAGGCGGAAGAGGCCGAGGAAGCGGAAGAGGCCGAGGAGGCGACUGCGGUCGAGGCAGAAGCGCCUGCAGCGGAACCUGCAGCAGACCCCGCAGCUCCUGCUGAUGUGCCAUCAGUUGUUGAUGCCCCCGCAGAGAUUGCAGCAGUUGAUGCGGCAGCUGUGGAUGCUCCCCCUACAUCCCGAAAAGCCGCUGAAGGGACAGUUGGGGAAGUCGCCGCAGAAGCUGCCGCUCCACCAGCAGCAUAGGCCGACGUUGCCGUAAUAUGAUUGUGCCCUGCAUAUUUCUGGCAGCUAAAAAUGUCACCGUGUAGGUUCAGUUGCAAAAGGUGCAAAGGCAUGAAUAUAGAUGGAAGAAUACGCUUUGCUGGGUGCAUGUUGACAUUGUACAACAGUCGCUAUACUGCUCAUGCAAAACAAACACGAUAUUGCAUCUCUCUUCGUGUGUUCAUGUUUUAUUAUCGUUACCACAUACCAGCCUCUUAAAUAAAGGUCAGAUACCAUAAA